UUUCUUGUAGAAAAUCAAGGCAUUUAUGACCCAAACCUUUUUGAGGGAGACAUGAUUCUUUCACCAAAGGAGCGAUACAACGCAGAGCAUGGAAGGGAUGUUUUCAGCUCCGACCGCAAAAGAGGUGCAUUGAGGUUCCGUCUGUGGCCACGGGGAGAAGUUGUUUACGAAAUACAGCCGCAGCUUGGUAAGUUCUCAAUCGAAACCAAUAGUCAUAACUUUAUGAAAAGUUUCGAUUGUGUCAAUCACCUAGCUAUUUAAUAAUUAAUCGUGCAUUCUACUCACCCGUCAUCAAAUGACUAACGCAGUUUAUUAAAGUUCUUAUCCUGCAUAACAGGUGCCGGUUUUUUUAGGGCGCUCGCUUUUUGAAAACUAGCCCAGGGAUUCUGAAUGUACCUCCUCAGGACCACUGAUAAAGUGUCAAAAAAUGUUUAUUUUAAUACCAUGCAACUUUUAACUGAAACUUUUUUCUAACGAGUAUAACAAAGGAAUCUUUUGUUUCAAGAAUCAAUGCGCUUCUGGUUGACACAUAAUAGCAAUAGGUGACGUCAGCGUGAUAACGCUUUAUCAGAAUAGGCCAUUUGCAUGAUGGCGUCAUUUUACAACUACGACCAGAAUCCUUCGGGUUUUUCCUUUCUUAUGAAAAUUAUCGCCUUUGUUAUUUAAACCUCGCUGGGAUUACCAAAUUUAAAUGUGAAAGGUAAAACGAAAAAAUUCUGGUCGUAGUUGUAAAAUGACGCCAUCGUGCAAAUGGCUUAUUGCAAUGAACUGUAAGAUAAUGUAGUAACAGACUGAUGUCUGGUUUUAUGCUUUUGUUCUUAGCCGGGAAUUCUCGGGCAAUGUCGGCCAUAAGAGCAGGCAUGGCUGAAUGGACCACAAAAACAUGCAUUCGCUUUAAAAGAAGGACGAAUGAGCCAUCCUACGUCUUAUUCCAAACUGGCAGAGGGUAAGAACUGUUGAAAUAUUCCUAAUUACGUAACUAACUUUUAUGCUUAUUUAUCAUGAAAAGCUUGUUGAUCAAUGAAAUAGAAGACACAAAUAACUUUAGUAAGAAGAAGAAGCUAAGGAAGAAGGAGUCAAGGAUGAGAGGACAACAGACGUGCCCUCACAAUAUAUAUUAGGGAUCUUACGAAAGUACGACGUGGACAGCAACGGGAACGUCUAAAAACAAUAGGUUUUAUGAGCAAAUUAAACAACAACUCUGCACGGGCAUCAUACUUUUUUGUACAUUCCGUUUGCCGUCCCUGCACAACUUCGAGGUGAAGGGACCAAGUUUUGAGUUGACUUGAGGACGGAAACGGCAAGGCGAUAAAUUUCUCUCUCUCUCUCUCUCUCUCUCUCUCUCUGAAAUCGGACGCGGUUCCUUCUCUUCAUUUCUAACCUAAGUUUCCUACUUUCAAGUAACUGGGUGACUUGGUCAAGGGCGCAAAAGUUUCAAAUGACACAAAGUCAAGUUUUCAGCUACAUUUCAUUGGCGUCGCCGUUGUCGGAUCGUAAGGUCUCUAUUAACAUGUGAACAGUAAGUUUGGACGUCAGCAUGCAAAAGCGCCACUGGCAGCAGCUUUCAGUCCAUUUAUGAGCUUAUUGUACCCACCCAACCCAUGAUGUGACUGAUGCGUGAAGGUUUUCCACACCACUGGGGGUCUACGUCACCUACUCUUUUCGAACAGUGGUGACUGUUGGUUCCUUUACUUCCCACAAGAACCAGAUAAGUGUAAUAGACGGGACCUUGACCUACGGUUUUUCGUCCUUUAAUAUCCGAGAAGACUAGAAAGUCUAACCGUUAGCAUAGGUCAUUACAGUGGCAGCCCUAUAUUCUCAGUUAUUAAAAGACGCUGAGUGUUGGUCUGGCCUAACCUGCCUUAAUUUAAAUUUGUUUUUAUUAUUAUUAUCUGUACCAAUUAAAUUCCAUGGAAUUUCUCCAACAAUCGUGCGUUACGUCACUAACAGUGUCUAAGGUGUCAAAUAGGAUCUUGUUUCUAGCUACAACGUGUAGUUUAUCUAGUCACUGGCCGCCGGCUGGAGCACCAAAGUAACUGACUUUCAGCUAGGUACUGAUCUAUCUUACGAUUAGGCUACACAAUACCGGAUAUAGCUGUUCCGCCGGCACGAAAAGUAUAACAUACACUGUCAUACAGAAUCAUAAUUGUUCAGUCAUGAGAAAAGUGAUUUUAGCCGGCAGUUCCUGUAAGGGAGAGAAGCUGCGUUACCUCGAUCCUAAAAGUAAAUCGCCCCAUAUCCGGUAGCAUUCUGCGUCACUCUUUCUGUCAGUGUAAACAGGUGUCCAUACUUAUGCCGAAUAGCUCUUCAUGUUACCCGCCUACUCGCCCUGCGGCGAAGCAAGCUCUUGUUAUUUAUUGCCUAUUGACUGAAUAAUGACACAUUCAUAUAUCUAGGUGCUCUUCGCAAGUUGGAAGAACUGGAAGACAGCAACAGAUCACUCUAGCGCCGGGAUGUUGGUUCAGAGGAAUUGUUGCUCACGAAAUUGGUAAAUGAUCACCAACCUCAGUUGUUAUAAAAGCAUGUUUGCAAGUGGUGACAGUAACUCAAAUUUCAAGUCGAUUUUAAAUAUUAUACACAUUUAGUUUUACUGUACCAUAUAUCUCGAGAUAUUUCGGGAUAUUCUGCAUUAGUAAAAUCCAACUAGGUCAAUUAGUACUAGGCUAUAUGUUAUAGCCCACUAGUAGAAAAAAUCGCCGGCUUUGGAAACCAAAACAAUGGCUUUAAGUGUAGCUUUGACUAGCUAAAGUUGUGUUGUUUCGAUAUUUUUGACCAACUAGUUGGAUUUUACUAAAACAAUUAUUCCUCUUGCCCUCAUGGCUUCUGAGUUAAUAGCCCAUGAGACCGAAAUAUGGUCUAUUGACUCAGAGGCCACUCGGGCUCGAGAAAUAAUUGUUAAUUAUUUUACACUUCAAAAUGUUUUCUAAAUAAGUUUGCCGAUAUCAGUACAAUUCACUUCAACUGUACAGGUAUUGUGAGAAAAGGGAAAACAUUCGAAAAGCCUUUUCGCGGUGGCUCAAGCGGCUUUUGGCAGAGCUGGAGAAAAUUUAGAAUUUAUUAUGACCUGAAUGACUGUGUCUCCAUCUUAUUAUUUUUUCCCGUUAUUCAGGCAGGACUAUUUUUCGUCUCUCUGAUACGAUGACCGCAAUUUUGUAUUGAUGCAAUGUGAUGUGAGAAACUCUGGAAAAAAAUCUCAAAUUAUAUAGAAGCUGCAAGAACAUAUUGAGACAAUUUUCUUAUUUGUAUUUCAAGGGUAUUUUAACAACCUUCAAAGUCAGAUAAGGCACUUCACCCACUUUUGGAAAAGUAUCAUAAUAUAUUUUUUUAGGACAUGCCCUCGGUUUCUUCCACGAACAGUCUCGUCCUGAUAGAGACUCUUUUGUUAGGAUAUUGACACAAAACAUACAACCGGGUAAGAAUGUAAAUACCAUCAUUUUUUAUGGUCUAGUAAUAAUAUAUAUGGAUAAUUUUUAGCAGAGUAAGUUAAGAAUGCGACUAUCAUAUACCAUUAUACAGUGUACAGGUACCUAGGCAUGUCUCAGAAAUACGAUUAUUGUCCGAGAUAUAUAUCAAUAUUGGAUUUGUCACUGUGUCGCUGAAUUUAGCGACAUCUUAUCUCAUGUGAAUAAGAGCCAUUCUCUGAAUGGAAAGCGACUCUUGUCAUUCGGGGAGCCUUAAAAAACUGGUAGGAGGAGACAUAACUAAGAUAUUAUUUUCCAUUGAAAGUUUGUUCACUCCAAACCCUAAAACUAGACUUUGUAAUAUAAGGGUUUUUAUUCACUUUUUACAGGUAGGGAGAACAAUUUUAACAAAUAUAGCACUGGUAUUAUUGACUCUCUUGGAAGCCCAUACGAUUACGGGAGCGUGAUGCACUACAGAGCCAACGCUUUUAGUAAAAACGGUCUGCCUACGAUACAAGUUCUACAACCUCGGGUAUGUUUCCGGCUAACGCAGCCUAAAAUAUUGAACUCCUUGCAAACACUUGUUAGUUGCUUCAUUAAAAAAUAGGCUAAAAAACUAAAUGUGUCCAAAGAUAUAUGAGCAUACAAACGUUUCUAUCUACACAAGUAUAAAUGACGUCAUGAAUGCACUGACCAAUGUAUUUGAAUGAAAGACAGUCUUAUGAUAAAUAUUAAUCAUGAAGGCUUAGAAUGGAUUAUACUGCUACCCUAAGAGAUGAGGAUACAUCGUCAUAAUUUUAUUAUUCGUCAGUAAAAAAGGUAACACCCGCAAAAGGAAACCACCACUAACAAUCACUAUAAAGCCGAGAAAAGUUGUUAGAAAUAAAAUUAUAUAUUAAAUCUGAAAGCACUGCACUCAGAUGCGGACGCGUGCUGCCGACUAUCUUUAAAUUGACAGGAAAUAAGGGACUAGCUGUAAUAUGGUCGGUUCUAAGACCGAUGGUGAACUUCUGGUUUCAACGUUGAUUAGCGGCCUAAUUAUUUCUUCUUCUUUUUUAAGCAAACGAUUGGCCAAAGAAGUAGUUUAAGUCCAAUAGAUGCGAGUCAAGCAAACAAAUUAUACCAAUCAUUGUGCGCAGGUACGUUAAUACAUUUUUUGAGUUGGUUCCGCGCCUACAAAAUAAGGUCUGCCCCCAGAUAUUUUUUAAUACUUAAAACAAAUUUGGACAGGCUGAAAUAAAAGCAGAAAGAAAGCAAUGACCGUGACGGACAUUGAGUGGAGAAUUGUUGUCUUUAAGAGGACAACAUUCAGCGGUACCCAAGGAGAACAGAAUUCAAAACCACUUAAACAUAGCAUUGAUGAACGUUUUUUAGUAUUUAAACCGGGUAGGUGUAGGCAUAUUUUCAUCUCCUAAAAAUUUUUCAUCUGUUCGGAUUUCCUAGCUGAAAGUCUAGUGAUCCAAAAAUUAUAGGGAUGAAAGUUACCUUUUUCGAAAAUUUCAGCCAGAAAAAAGUUUCCCGAAAAUUCUAGUUGACCUUUUUAGGGUAAAAAUCCGUUAAAAAUGGGCAAUUAUACCAUUUUUUAUCUGCUCGAAAAUC